GAUACGCAUGUAGAAAGUAGGCUGCAGUGGGCCCCACGCGAUCAGGAGGUUGUUAGUACAUACUUGCAUAUUUCAAAGCAGAAACAAGGAGAUGGCUACGCCAAAGCACAUCCUUACGAUUGAUGACCAAGUGAACCCUGCCGACCAAAGUCAAAUGGAUAUCAAGGUUGAAACUGACAAGUUUGGCAAGACCAUAAAAUAUAUGAUGUUUAGAGGUCGCCACUACCUUCCAGCAUACGAUAUGUCAAUCCUCGAACAAAUACAGAACGUCUCCAUGAGACCCGAUGAUAUUUACUUCCCUGCUUUUCCAAGGACAGGAACUCACUGGGUAUACGAAAUGGCGAACAUGCUCUUGAGAGGCAAGGCUGAAACCAUUCAGCAAUACAAGGGGAAGCACCAAUUAGAGUUUGCGACGAACGACGCUUUGAGUAGCCUCCCUUCUCCCAGGGUUAUCAAUACGCACUUCCGGUUGUCAGAUGCACCCCGAGAGGUGAAGGAAAAGAAAUGCAAGAUUAUCUACAAUCUUAGAGAUCCGAAAGAUGUGGCUGUGUCCCUCUAUCACACCUAUAUCGAUCUGAAGGUUUCGGAAUGCGAGUGCUCGUUUGAGGGAUUUUUGUAUCUGUUUCUUGAAGGAAAAGUUGAAGACGGUGGCAUAUUUGAUCAUUUGCUCGCAGCUGAGGAAUUAUUCAAAGAGAAUCCAGACAUUCCUGUUUACAUCCAUAUUUAUGAAGACACUCAACAGAGUCCCCUCUUGGCUGUGCAGCGCCUCUCUGAUUUUCUUGGUCUGUCUAGAGACAAUGACCUUUGCCAAGCCAUUGCUGACAAAUGUCAGAUUUCCAACAUGAGAAGAGACAAAGAAAAAUACUCACUUAAAGCUGAUGGGAAAAGCUCGCUGUAUCGAAAAGGAACCGUUGGCGACUGGAAGAACUAUUUCACAGACCAAAUGUUGGAAGACUACUAUAGGGUGUAUGAAGAAAAAAUGGCUGGUUCGAGAUUCUUUAGUCUGUACGCGCGAAACACAUGACAAGGUCUCAUAUCUUAAUUUUAUCAAUAAUCAUGGUUGCGUGAUGAAACUGUAUCCACUAGGGAAUUGACAUCACAUCCCAUAUUCAUCUUAUUUCAAAAUAAUUUGUAUAAUGUUAGGGCUGAAUAAUAUAAUAUGUAUCUUUAUAAUAAAACAAAAUA